AUGCCCGAGAAAAAUGAAGUAUUAAAAAAUUGUUGUCCGAGUUAUUUUGGGAAAAAAGAAAUUGCUCGAAAACGUUGGAAAUUGUUGGCAAGAGUUUUAAUAAAAACUCAAAAGACGUGUACAGAAACAUUUAAAUUAAAAUGUCUCCCCGUUAGAAGAUUAAAUACUUUUGACUUAAUCAAACCAAUAAUAACAGAAGAAGGGAAAGAUGGAUAUUGGUUUGAAUAUUCAACUAAAAUAUUAAAUAUCGUAUAUCGAGCUCAAAUUCAUCACCUUAAUCAAAAAUUAACGGCCACAGAAUUAAUAGGGUUUAAUAAUACCGGAAAUAUAAGGGUUUGGCCAUCGGAAGAGGUUUUAACAUAUUAUCUUCUGACAAACAUAAACAUAUUUAAGGGAAAACAUGUUUUAGAAUUAGGAGGUGGCAUGACUUGUUUGGCGGGAAUUUUUUUAGCCAUUUACGGAAAUGCAAACCAAAUUGAUUUAACUGAUGGAAAUACAACUUCCGUUGAAAACGUUAUGAAAAUAAUUGAAAAAAAUAAUUUCGAUUCAAACAAAGUCAAGGCUUAUCAAUUAGAUUGGAAAAAUCAUAAAGAUUUGAAUAAAAGUUACGAUAUCGUUAUUUCUUCGGAUUGUUUAUUUUUUAAUGAAACACGAGAGGAUUUAGUUGAAACCUUUUGGAAUUCUCUUAAGGAAGACGGUUUAGGAUUAAUAAUGGCGCCAAAACGCGGAAACACUUUGAAUUUAUUUUUAAAUAUUGCUAAUAAAAAAGGUUUUAAAACUAUUUUGCAAACUUAUUACAAUGAUAUUGUUUGGAAUAAACAUUUACAAUUAAAAAAUUUAAAUUCGGAAUAUAAUGAAGAUUUAAAUUAUCCCCUUUUGAUCAUGUUGUAUAAAAUUAAUAAAUAA